CCUCUGUCCACGGUGGCGGAAAACCUCUGGAGGGAGAGAGGCCAAACCCAUGGCUUUCGCUCCAUCCAUUAACGCUUCAUUCUCUGCUCAACUCCACUCUUCGGUACCCAGAAAGUGCCUCUUUCGUUGCACUGAUAAUGAACCCGCGACCCUGAAGUUUUCUCUUCCCAGGACCUGUCCGUCUCGCUCCUCCUCCGCGCUCGUUUCCGCUCGUCGUCGCAAGGACGACGCUCCGGUCGCGAAUAAGAAGAGGGGCAGGAACAAGCAGAUUUUGCCUAAAAGUAAUGAUGAGGAAGAGGAUGAUUUGGAUGAGGAUGCGUUUGAAGUGCUAUUCAAUCAGCUCGAAGAAGAUCUAAAAAAUGAUGGACUAACAUUAAAUGACGACGACGACGAUAUAAGUGAAGAAGACCUUGCUAGGCUGGAGCGUGAGUUGGAGGAGGCCCUAGGUGGUGAUGACCUGGAGAUGUUUGCAGGCCGUGCGGAGAACUCAGGAGUUGAUGAUCAUGCUGAAGCAGAAGAUGGCAGUGAUGACGACGAUGAUGUUGAGAGCCCAGUUGAACUAAAAAGAUGGCAACUUAGAAGAUUGGCUGUUGCUCUGAAAGCUGGUCGCCGGAAAACUAGAAUUAAAAGUCUUGCUGCUGAGCUGUGUCUUGAUCGAUCUAUUGUUCUUGAACUGCUGCGAGAUCCGCCUCCAAAUCUUUUAUUAAUGAGUGCUACGUUGCCUGAUGAACCUGCACAAGUGGGAACAGUCCUUGAAGCUGAAACUGCACCGAUUGACAUUGCUCCUAAUGAGAUAAUAGCAGAUGCUGCGGACCCUGAACCCAAACCCACCGAGAAGGCGCCUCUUCAUGUGAUGCAACAAAGGUGGUCAGCGCAGAAGAGAUUGAAAAAAGUGCAAGUUGAUACUCUGGAAAGAGUUUACAGAAGAACAAAGCGCCCAACUAAUGCAAUGAUCAGCAGCAUUGUGCAAGUGACCAGCCUACGUCGGAAGAGAAUCGUGAAAUGGUUUGAAGACAAGCGUACUGAAGAUGGAGUUCCGAAACAACGACUUCCUUACCAAAGAUCGGUGGCCGAAACUGUUUCUUGAAAAUGGUUGCGCAAAGCUGUAUCAAUUGUUCUUUUCGUUCUGUGAAUUGGUGAACGUUUAGCCGUAUGUGCAGCGCUGUUGAUGAUAUCAUAGUGAUAUAAUAACACUUGAUGCAGUAAA